GGAGCCAGGACUCCUGGGUUCUCUCCACGGAGGCGGGCGGGGCCAGCGGCCCCGCACUACAAGUCCCAGGCUGCCCGGCCCGGCCCCGGGUUUCCUUCCUGUGCGGCGGGAGGGAAGAUGGCGGCGCUGAGCAAGAUCGGUGCCUUCCUGAAGAACGCCUGGGCCAAGGAGCCCGUCAUCACCGUCUCCUUCGCCAUCGGCAUCCUGGCCGCGGUGGCGCCCCUGCUCAGCCCCUACACGAAGUUCUCCGGCAUGAUCAACCGAGCGACGCCCUACGUCUACCCAGUGCCUGUGCGAGAUGAUGGCAACAUGCCCAACAUCCCCUCCCACCCCUGUGACAAGGAGGGGCCCAACCUGGACUGGCUGAAGAAGCUGUGACAUGGUUGCAGAAGGAGCCUUCCCCCUGGGCUGGGUCAGCGCGCUGCCCCCUGCUGGCUACAGGGGGGUUUGGUUCUGUCCACCUCCCCCCAUGGAUGUAAUAAAGGUUUUGACUUA